CUUUUCGUCCUUGUCGGGCCAUCAAGAUGUCGAAGCGAGGACGUGGUGGGUCCUCUGGUGCUAAGUUCCGGAUUUCCUUGGGUCUUCCGGUUGGAGCAGUGAUCAACUGUGCUGAUAACACGGGAGCCAAAAACCUCUAUAUCAUUUCUGUGAAGGGGAUCAAGGGACGAUUGAAUAGACUUCCUGCUGCUGGUGUGGGUGACAUGGUGAUGGCCACAGUCAAGAAAGGGAAACCAGAGCUCAGAAAGAAGGUACAUCCAGCAGUGGUAAUUCGACAACGAAAGUCAUACCGGAGAAAAGAUGGAGUGUUUCUAUAUUUUGAAGAUAAUGCAGGGGUCAUAGUAAAUAAUAAAGGCGAGAUGAAAGGUUCUGCCAUCACAGGACCAGUUGCAAAGGAAUGUGCAGACUUGUGGCCCAGAAUUGCAUCCAAUGCUGGUAGCAUUGCGUGAUUCUUCAGUGCAUUUGUAAAAAGUAAAUAAAAAUGGCUCUAGGUA